CAGACAAAAAUAUUAUCAAAAUACUUUUUGCUGACUUUGGAAGGAAAGGAAGAAGGAGACCUGCUGGCAUCAUCAUUAUAGUCAAAAAGUAGGAGCUGCUGCUGAGUUUGUUGUGCAGUCACCUCUUGCUGAGCAUCAGAAAUAUGGAUAGACUUCUGCGACUUGGAGGAGGUAUGCCUGGGCUGGGACAGGGACCACCAACAGAUGCUCCCGCAGUUGAUACAGCGGAACAGGUUUAUAUCUCUUCCCUUGCACUGCUGAAAAUGCUGAAGCAUGGUCGUGCUGGUGUCCCUAUGGAAGUUAUGGGUCUGAUGCUCGGGGAAUUUGUUGAUGAUUACACCGUGAGAGUGAUUGAUGUGUUUGCAAUGCCACAGUCAGGAACGGGUGUCAGUGUGGAGGCAGUUGAUCCUGUAUUUCAAGCAAAAAUGUUGGAUAUGCUGAAACAGACAGGAAGACCUGAGAUGGUAGUUGGUUGGUAUCAUAGUCACCCUGGCUUUGGCUGUUGGUUGUCUGGUGUAGAUAUCAAUACUCAGCAGAGCUUUGAAGCCUUGUCAGAAAGAGCUGUUGCUGUGGUGGUGGAUCCCAUUCAGAGUGUGAAAGGAAAGGUUGUUAUCGAUGCCUUCAGAUUGAUCAAUGCUAAUAUGAUGGUCUUGGGACAUGAACCAAGACAAACAACUUCAAAUCUGGGUCACUUGAACAAGCCAUCUAUCCAGGCACUAAUUCAUGGACUAAACAGACAUUACUAUUCCAUCACCAUCAACUACAGGAAGAAUGAACUAGAACAGAAGAUGUUGCUAAAUUUGCAUAAGAAGAGUUGGAUGGAAGGUUUGACGCUUCAGGACUACAGUGAACAUUGCAAACUCAAUGAAACAGUAGUGAAGGAGAUGUUAGAAUUAGCUAAGAAUUAUAACAAGGCUGUUGAAGAAGAAGAUAAGAUGACACCUGAACAGCUGGCAAUAAAAAAUGUUGGCAAGCAGGACCCCAAACGUCAUUUAGAAGAGCAUGUGGAUGUGCUGAUGACUUCGAAUAUUGUCCAGUGUUUAGCUGCUAUGUUGGAUACAGUUGUAUUUAAAUAACCGAUUUACUGUUUGUGAUGCUUUCUGUGUAUAUUUGUUUAUUGUUUCUAAUACUCACAAAACAGAGACUGUUGAGGCUAUAUUUGAUUAAACAGAGACAUCUGACUUCAUUUGCAGUGUAAGUGCAGCACUAUAACACCUUUCAGUCUCUAAUUGUGCAGUUGCUUCAGUUACUUUAUGUCAGGGUCUUUACAAAUUCCAAAGCAUUCAAGAACACAAUGUGGGCAAAAGUGUAUUACAUUUUCAUUUAAUAUUUGGGGGAAAAAUCAGUAGUACAUAUAUAUUUUGAUUGUUGCAACAUAAUAAAAAUACAUUUACAAACCUG